AGCUCUCAUCCUCUCUCUUCCUCUCUCUUCGAGCUCUCAUCUUCUCUCUUCCUCUCUCUUCGAGCUCUCAUCCUCCACGGCCCCGUGUUAAUGCUUUAAUCUGUAACUCUCUUUCCAUUCAGAGGUUACUACUAUUAACUCCAUUCUCGGCUUUCUUCGAAGCGUUGAGCUAAGGGACUUGAGGACUGAAGACAGAAUCACUGCAUUGGCAGAGGAGAUCAAGGCAAGAUAUGAUAAAGCAGCUGUCAAAGUUGUUGACCUGAUUCUUACACUUCUACAAUUUGGAGGAUAUACACUAGUGCAAAAUUCAGUUGAUCUGUAUCGAAGCUUUGGGUUUGAUACACAGCCAGUCCUCAUUGGGCUCAUCAUAUUUCAGUUUGAUUCUUUGUGAUUGGAGAUUGGUGAAAAAAUAGCUUACAAGCAAUCUAAAUUUGCCUUUUAGCAUACUAUGGGAAAGCGCAGAAAGUUGAAUAUCAUUCAAAAUGAUGGUCAAUCACAAGCAAAAGAGCAAUCAAUUGAAAGCUCUACUGAAGUGAACCAAAAUAACAACUCUAUACUUGAAGAAAAUGCACAAUUUGAAGGAGAACAACACAUACAAGAAGAUAGUCAUGUUCAGUCUCAUACUUCUCUUGAAAGUGCAAAUGAAAGUUCAACUAAAGAUAAAAAGAGAACCAGAGGUUAUACACAUAUGCUAGAUGUGUGGGACUUGCCAGAUGGAGAAUUCAUACUUGUUGAAGUAGAUCAUUGGGGCAAUCCUAUGGGUUGGGAAGGGAAAACUCUACUGAAUGCAAUUGGGAGCUUGGUAAGGAGACACCAAUGUGCUCCUAUCAAUUUUCUUAGCUGGAAAGACAUGCCUAAGGACUAUAUUACUGACAUGGUUGAAUUAAUUCAGAGUAAGUUUCGAUUUGUUCCUGAAUUAACUGAACAAACAAAGAAAAUAUUGAUUGAUGACAUGAGUCUGAAAUGGAGGCAAUUUAAAUAUGAACUGAAAUCAAAAGGAUAUGAUGAGAGCAAAACUAAGGAGGAAAUGAUUGCUCACAUCCCAGAUCCAAGGGUUGAUCCUUCUCAAUAUCGUGAUUUAGUACAUUAUUGGUGUUCUGAGAAAGGGCAGAAAAUAAGCAAAAUCAACAAAAGGAGCCGCUCAAAAUAUGAGGACUUGCAUUGCAUGGGAACCAAUAAUCUUCCAAGACGGAUUCAUGAGAUGACUACAAAGGCUAAGGGAGUGCAACCUUCUAGGGCAGAAAUUUAUAUUGACACUCGAACUCGAAAAGAUGGAAGCAUUGUUACUGAAAAGGCUGCUAUUGUAAUUGAUGAACUAAAAAAGAAAAUGGUUGAAGCAGAGAGUUCGCAAAAUUUACAAAGCACGCAAGAUUCUACUGAUUGGACAAAUGAUAUAUAUUCAAAAGUCAAAGGACCUGAAAAAAGAGGACGUGUGCGUUGUCUUGGCAAGCUUCCACAUCAAGCAAGUUCAUCUCAAAGCUCUUAUACAAACAAUAGAAUUCAAAAGUUGGAGAAUUUGCUUGGAAACCUUGUAGCUGUGCUUAAAGUACGAUUUGCAGAAGAUCCACAAAUUAAUCAAGUCUUAGAAGCUAUAGAUCAAGAGGUACCUACAAAUGAUUCUACCGGUAAAGAUCAUCAAACUACAAACAAUCUUAGCUAGAGGCUUCAUGGAGUUGCUAUAAUUUGUUGCUUCUGAGAGAAAAAGGUAGGAGCAUGCCAAGCUUAUGAUGGAAGAAACAGCUAGUUAAAACAAGAUUCCAAAUUAAUUGCUGCACAUGCAACAUUUUAAUACUACUGGGCUCUUUUUUUGUUCCAUGAUAUUACAUAUAGAAGAACCAUGUUCUAAAAACAUUCCCUUUUUUGUUCUUAAAUCUUGCCACUAUAACCUUUUUCUAGGCAAAAGUGAUGUUAAUAUGUUAGUCAUUAGUCAUAACUCCACGUGAUUAGCACACAGCAUAUACAUUUAAUUUGAAUUUCAAAUUGAGAGCAAAUAAAUUCUGAGGUCAACCACUAAA